UAGCAACAAGAAGCACCUUUAUAAAAGAUGGCACACACAGAGUGAUUGCCAGAAAAGCCACCCGGUUCCUAAACAGCCGCGCAUCAUUAGCAAAACUCACCAUCUUCAAGAGUCCAAAAAGUAGAAGUGACCAGCAGACCCAGGACUUUAAACUGCUCUGCCUGAGAUCAAGGAGAACAAGAUGGUUUUGGAAAUGCUGAACCCAACGCGUUAUAACCUCACCAGCAUGGUGCCCGAAGUCAUGCCUGUUGCCACCUUGCCAAUCCUGCUGCUCACUGGCUUUCUUCUCUUGGUUUGGAAUCAUGAGGAAACAUCCUCAAUACCAGGUCCUGGCUACUGUAUGGGGAUUGGGCCCCUCAUCUCCCACUUCAGGUUCCUGUGGAUGGGGAUUGGCAGCGCCUGCAAUUACUACAACAAGAUGUAUGGAGAAUUCAUGAGAGUCUGGAUAAGUGGAGAGGAAACACUCAUUAUUAGCAAGUCAUCAAGUACGUUCCACGUCAUGAAACACGAUCACUACGUUGCCCGAUUCGGCAGCAAACUCGGGUUGCAGUGCGUGGGCAUGCAUGAGAAUGGCAUCAUAUUUAACAGUAACACAGCCCUCUGGAAAGCUGUUCGACCUUUCUUUUUAAAAGCUUUGAGCGGCCCUGGCCUUGCAUGCAUGGUGACAGUUUGUGUUGAGGCCAUGACGAGACAUCUGGACAGGUUGGAGGAGGUCACCAAUGAGUUGGGCUAUGUCGAUGUGUUGACCCUCAUGCGACGUAUCAUGCUGGACGCCUCCAACUCACUCUUCCUGAGGAUCCCCUUGGACGAAAAAAACCUCGUGGUUAAAAUCCAGGGUUAUUUUGAUGCGUGGCAGGCUCUCCUUCUCAAACCAGACAUCUUCUUUAAGAUUUCUUGGCUGUACAGAAAGUAUGAAAAGUCUGUCAAGGAUUUGAAAGAUUCUCUGGAAGUUCUGAUAGAAGAAAAAAGAUACAGGAUUUCUACAGCAGAGAAACUGGAAGACCAUAUGGAUUUUGCCACUGAGCUGAUUUUGGCCGAGAAACGUGGCGACCUGACAAGAGAGAAUGUGAACCAGUGCAUAUUGGAAAUGCUGAUCGCAGCGCCAGACACCAUGUCUGUCUCUGUCUUCUUCAUGCUAUUUCUCGUUGCCCAGCACCCUAAGGUUGAAGAGGCACUCAUGAAGGAAAUCCAGACUGUUGUUGGUGAAAGAGACAUAAGGAUUGAUGAUAUGCAAAAAUUAAAAGUGGUGGAAAACUGUAUUUAUGAGAGCAUGCGGUACCAGCCUGUCGUGGACAUUGUCAUGCGCAAAGCCUUGGAGGAUGAUGUCAUUGACGGCUACCCAGUGAAAAAGGGGACUAACAUUAUCCUGAAUAUUGGAAGAAUGCAUAAACUCGAGUUUUUCCCCAAGCCCAAUGAAUUUACUCUUGAAAACUUUGAGAAGAAUGUUCCUUACAGGUAUUUUCAGCCAUUUGGUUUUGGGCCCCGUGCCUGUGCAGGAAAGUACAUCGCCAUGGUGAUGAUGAAGGUGAUCCUGGUUACACUUCUGAGACGAUUCCGUGUGCAGACGUUACAAGGAGGGAGUAUUGAAAAUAUGCAGAAGAAAAACCACUUGUCCUUGCACCCAGAUGAGACUAGCAGCUUGCUGGAAAUGAUUUUCAUCCCAAGAAAUUCAGACAAGAGCCUCAAACACUAAAUAAGUUUGGUCAGUACCUACUCUGGAGCAUUUCUCAUCAGUAGUUCACAUGCAAACUAUCCAUCUUUGCCAGGUAGUGUCAUUCUCACAGUGAACAUUCAGUGGCCUGUGGCAUUUUAUAGGCAUACCUCCUUAUGGGCUGUCAGCAAGCCAGGAGACAUCAGUCAUCUGAUCUUGUCCAAACCAGAGAACCAGACUGCAAAAGAAAAUGCAGAGGCCAAGAGUUUGUGGGGGAAAUGGUCAGUGAAGAAAAUGCAGCCGUAAAGGCCCAAUUCCACAAAAUAUGCUUUGGAAAAGAUAGGCCAUCGGCAAAACUUAUGUCCUGCUUGCCACAUGAUCUUCACUGCACUGCCCCAAGAGUAUUUUAAUGUCUGGGGCAGA